UUUAUUGCUUCAAGAUGGCCGAAGACUUCAGAGGUAGAAGAAACAAGUGUAACAUUGUGGAUGUAGAGGUUAAGGAGUUUGAUUUAAGACGCUGUCAUUCUUCAGCCAGCAUGGACGGCAGCAUGGGAUGGAUUUAGUAUGCCACAAAGUUGCAUGAAUGUUUGGCUCCUCCUCGAUUUGUGCAGCCGUCUCAUCCUCUGUGCCAGACUAUUGUGUUGUAAGGACCUCAAACAGCACAAUAAUUGUAAGGUAAAAUUACUUCAAGUUGCAUGUAAUCAGCAAACAGAAUGAACGAUGGAGCUAUGUUUACUGUCAGCCCUGCUCUGUGAAAUCCAUCAGUCUUGUUGUUUCCUUUUGGGUUGGCCCAUCUUCAAGCCUCCUCUGUGAGAUUCCAGUUUUUUUCCAUGAUUGUGAUAAACAGAAUCAACAGCCAUGUUUAUCCAAGAUGUCUCUGUGACCGUGUGAAAAUUGCAGAUGUAUUCAAAGCAGUUUAAAUCAGUGUUUUUAGUUUAAUACUUGAUUUUAUGACCGCUUGUAUGGAAAAGGGUUCGUUCGCAUCACCGAACUCCCCAUGAAUAGUCUCCCUCACUGUCUAAGUUCAUUCUUUACAGUUUCUUACAGGCUAUCAUUUUGGGCCAAUAAAGCAGAAAAAAAUUCUGAAAAGCCACUGUGAGCUUUCUGCUUUUCAAAUGAUGGAGCUAAAAAGCCAGAUAUCCAGAUACCAUAAGCUGGACGCAAACAAGACUUGAAAAGGAUCAUAAUGUUACUCUAUGCUGCUUGAUGUGCAAAUCUUCGUAUCUAGGCGAUGAUGUACCGGUGAUGUGUCAUAUAGUGUUUAUACUGCUCCAAGUGGACAAAAUCAGCUAUUGCAGGUGCAAGAUGAAUUCACUGUUAAACAUUAUGAGAUUAGACAGUACAUAGACUUAGGUAGGCAUUUGUAUAAAUCAUUUUCUGUUGCUCUCUCUUUUUAGGGCCAACCAGGACCACCUGGACCCCCAGGCCGCCCAGGGGAGAAGGGCGAGCUUGGUUUACCUGGGCCAGCAGGAGUUGAUGGGGAGAAUGGACCUAAAGGGGACAUGGGUGAGGCCGGACCACCUGGCGAGAGGGCAGAGAAGGGGGAGAUGGGGCUCUCUGGGCCUGCUGGUGUGGAUGGACAUAAAGGAGAGAAAGGCGACUGCAGAAUGGAAGACAACCUGGUUCAGAUGAUUUCCCAGCCAGGCCCACCCGGCCCGCCCGGCCCACCUGGAGUACCUGGGUCCCCUGGAUCCAUGGGGCUACAUGGGAUGCCUGGUCCAAAGGGUGAGCCUGGAUACGGGAUGAGAGGAGACAAAGGAGAGACUGGCGCUCCUGGACCCAAAGGAUUAGACGGCCUAAAGGGCUCUUCCGGGUUAGUGGGUCUUCCAGGUGCAAAGGGAGAAAAGGGCAGACCAGGGGAGCCUGGACUAGAUGGUUUCCCGGGUCUUAUGGGGGAUAAAGGUGACCGAGGAGAACGAGGGGACAAGGGUGACAGGGGAGGAGUGGGAAAAAGAGGUCUGAAGGGCCAGAAAGGAGAGCAGGGUCCUCCAGGACUAGACCAACCCUGUCCUGUGGGACAGGAUGGGCUGCCCAUACCUGGCUGCUGGCACAAGUGAUGACUAACCAGCAGCAUGGAAUCUGUACAUAUUGAUAGGGUAUAUAUUGCAAUUGAAUACUACACCAACAACCAGCUCCCCUUUUUUCCCCCAAUUUUCAUAAAACUUUUUAUAUAAUAUAUUGAGAUUUUUUUUAACAUGGACAUUUUUGAGUCGACAGUAUUACCAAAAAAAAAUCAUCUGAAGAGAGCCAGUGUUGUGGUGAAGGCAGCCAAGGUUUUGAGGAGAAACAAACUGAACUGGCAGUGGGACUCUUACUUUGAAGGACAGUCCAGAUUACAUUGUUGUAGUGCCUUGACUGUCUAGCUGCCUUACUAACAAAGCCUGACUCACUGCCUGAUUGUAAUCAUAAACGCUGUUUGGAUACGACAGUGUGUGCAGUCUCACAGGUGGAUGGAUGCUUUGGUGGAUGGACAGAUCUCUUGUUGCUGUUGAGAGGUGUGGGUCAGUGCUCUCUUCUCCUCUCUCUCUGUUUUCUAAAAAAAAGGAGGAAAUGGCGAGGCAGAAGCUCAAACGGAAGCGUCUCUCUCAGCCCUGAAGGGAUGCGUGGUUCUGAUGGAGAAAGGACUUAUUAAAAAAGCAGAGAGUACAGGGAGGCAGAUUGGCCUUCUUGAAGCAGAGCGGGCUAUGUUCUGCCCUGGUGUCAUACUGAACACUCAGAUCCUGUGGUAUUGAAACUCUCCAGGAGGGGGCGACAGAGAACACUGCAUUUCCACGUUAACCUGAGAAGAGGCGACACAACUGUGGCUAAGACAAGGUUAUAUGGGAGUCACUGACGUCACUGGCACAUAAAGAAGGAUUUACUGCACGGAACAUGUAGUGGUGAUCUCUUGUAAGGCUCUUUUGUUAAGUUUUUGACUAAGUAAUGCAUGAUCAUAACAAGGCACUGUGUUAUUUAGCAUCCAGACAGCUUGUAUGACUUGUGGUCUGUCUUUGAAACUCUAAAUGACAUUUCAUUUACAACAAGUAUUCAUUACCAGUCUUUCUAUUUGAACAAGCCACUCAGAAAAGCCAGUAAGUCUACCUGUGUAUGGCUCACAUUUGUGGCAGUUGUGACUUGUACUGUUUGUUUCAUUUUGAUAUUUUAGUAGCGACUUUUGUCCAGGUACAUUUUGCAUUCCUGUGCAUAGCUUUGAAGGAACCAUUUACAGUAUUCAUGAUUGUUACAGUUGCCUUGACAAAUAACUGCAUAUCAGUGUAGUUUCUUUAUUCAUUUUCAGUGUAACUGAAGCUUUUUGAAUGAUCUUUAUUCUUUAAUCACUGAUGAAAAUGUGUUUUAUUGCUGUUUCCUGAUUCUCUGGACAACAGUGUGACUUCUUGCUGCUGACGUAAAUGUGUGUUUGUUUGAUAUUUUUGAAUCGAUAGUCAUUUGGACUGAAGGACUAACAGGCUAAAGAAUGAAAUUUGAAUCAAUUGUCAACACAAUUGUUGUUUUUUUUCAUAGGUUAAUAACUCAUUUUAUUCAGUGAUUUAACUUUACACAAUGGUUUGAACUGUCAGUUAUGAUGCAUUUUGUGUUUGUGCUUUUUUAUUAUCGCAUUUCAGUCAUUUCGAUCAGAUAAAUACUAUAGGUCUGUUUCAGUCACUUAUUUUUCUCAGAUGGGAUAAUAUCUUGGUGCUUAAAUACUUUUAAUACUUGUAAUGUAUCUGCUGUGGAUCUACUUGCAUAGUGAUAUGCAACAUCAGACACAUGUCCACAGAUACAAGCGCGUCAUUUUUUUUAAAGAACUACUAAAUGAACAGAUUUCUACUUUCAAACAUUCAGCUUUAUGUCUAGAACACAGUGAUAAAAACAAUACCCAUAAAUAAAAAAUUGUGGUUAUUUAUGGACUUCUGUUUAUUCUCCUUUGACAUUUGUAGUCAUUUUAUACAAAUACAUUACAAUUACCAUUUCUAUUACAUUUAGAAAUGAACUCGUUCAAUAUCACUUCAGGUUUAUACAACACAUGACUGACAAGAAAUUGUUUGCAACAUUUUAAUUGUCUGCCUGCAUAUUAUUAAACAUGUAAAAAUGUUUGUUUUUCUUCACCCUCAACAUACACUCUUUGGAGCAUUUGAAAUUUCAAACAGGGUCAGUAUUGUUGGAGGGAUUUUUUUUUUUAAGUCGGACUUCAAGUCAGACACAAUGCUCUAAAUUUUCAGAGGAACACUAUUGACGUGAUUGAAAUUGAAAAAAAAUGUCAAGGGUUAAUGUGUUGGAAGAAUGACGGUGUGUUGGUUUGAAUUAUGAGGAACAUUGGUAACUCUAAAUUCCUCUUUUUAAUUAAAUAUAUCUUCUAGCUGACCUGUUAACUGGCUGACUUUAACCUGCAACAAUCAGAGUAGCUCAAAAACUACAAUGAGUUACGUAUAAACUCUUAAAAACUUUAUACUUUUUCAAAUAUCACAAAGUUGAAUAACUGACAUCACACAAAGAAUUUCCAUACCGAGUGAGAUAAAUAUAAUGUGAAAUCUCACUAACUGUUUUAUUAAAGUUUUUUUUUUUCCAAAAAUUAAACUACAUCACAUCCCUCAUUUUUGUGUUUAUAGAUAUUCUUAAAUUGCUCACUUUAAACACAAACUGUGUACCAUUAAGCUACAAAAGAAGAUCUUAGAAAUGAUAUGAAUGAAAAUUAUUUUUCUGUAGCCUAAUAGACACUGUUUUACGCUUUAUUUCACUGAGAGCUGAUGGCUAUCUGACACUUAACAUUAUUACAUGUGGUUAUUUCUUUUCCAGAUUCCAUCAGUUACAGUUUUAACAGCUAAAUGGAGACCGUAAAUGUCUCUUUGUCAAAUUACAGUUUGUUAUUUUGGCAAGUCAUAUAUAACAGUAUUAGCUUGGCUUACGAGAAUGUUGUUUUUUCGGUUGUGUAUUUGGUUGUAAAAGAAUUAAGCUAUUUUUCUAAUUGUCUAAAAAUGUAUAACAUGAAAUCUGGUCAUCUAAACAUGUGGAAUGAAAUAAACUCCAGUUUUGUUGUUGUCCAUUAAAUCAUAAUCAUGUAAAGUUA